CGUAAAACGAAGGCUAAGAGCCUAACGGAAGUUCUGUGGAGAAAUCGGUAUGCUCCAACCGAUGUUGAUACGGAAGUAGCCGCUUUCCAACGAGAAGUUCGAGGAUUCGCAGAACUAGUAGUGUCCUCGUCUAGUACUAGCGGCUCCUCUGUUCCUCCUGCUGAUGCUACUCACGAAACGGAGCUUUCGCCCCAUAGCCUGUGGGAGUGCGCGGCGUAUAUGGAGGUACUGACGGGACUACGUAAAUGACUACAGCUGUUCGUCUUAUUACUACAGUUGUUCGUUUCGACGUCUUAUUGGACAGGACUUGUACUUGUUUUGAGAGGUUGCGCUUGCAAUUUCGUAGUGACUACGAAGUGCUAGAACUAGUCAUGGACUCAUUUGUUGGUCCAUCGAUCUGUAAAAUUGAAUUAUCUCGUUCUGCUGUCAACAUUAUUUUUCAUAGCCAGGAGAAAACCAUUCGUUAUCGUAGUACUAGAACCAAGACCAACUAGGCAUGGACUUUCUAAUCCUCCUUCUCGACGUGGCCAUCUUACGUGCUGCGAGCGUGGCUUCGAUCAAUUUUCAUGAUGGGUUUUCGAUUUCCCCGGAGAGUGAUCUUCUGCGGAGGCACUGGGACCGGCUGCGUGGUGACUUUCUGGCAGCAGCAGAUGAUAAGGUUAAGGCUUAGAGUAGUUCAUCGUAAGUGGCAUCUUUUGGCCCGCUUUUUAAUUGAGGGGAAACUACACGUGGUGCAAGAUGCUUAAUAGGCUUUUAUUCAAGGUGAAUAUUCAAAGAAGGAAGUCUAAUGAGGCUGUCAGCAAAGAAGGUGCGGAGUUUUUGUGGCGGAGGUGGUUGCAUCCGGACUUGAAGAGGUUUAGAGAUGAGCUACUAGCAAGUGCGAAGCAGGAUGCGAAAAGGCAGAAGAAAAAGCAGGUCGGAGGCUGUGUGCGCAUUCUGGGUGCGGUCGCAGGUUUGUUCAGUCCAGAUUCAUCAACUAAGGCAAACGUGCAGGAAAAUCAUAAGAGGCCAAUUAGUACUAUAAAGAGCGAAAUUAUAAGACCAUCUUCCACCACAAUUAAGGGUUUCUGAAUUACAUCCCUCACUACCAUCCUUGGCUCCUCUUCAAGGGGAAAAUACAAAAUAGGCCAAGGAUGUUCAUCUGAAGAAUGCAAUUCGGCAACCUCUAAGAACACAAGCUCAACAGCACCAUCUUCGUCAACACAGUGCCUUUUUGAUCGUUAUGUAACGCCUGCUCGCAUCCGGGAUUUCGUUCUACGUUCGGCUGUACCGGAACCACUUAUCCCAACAUGCAUACUAGACGAGGUAGAUGAGGAGAAGGACAUUGGAAGAAGCGCAGAGCAAAUAGUUUCGACCACUACAUCACUAUCUGAAAAAGCUGACAUCUACUACGAAUCACUAUCUGAGGAAACUACUGAAGACAUCUACGAAUCCGUGUUACUAGAAGAAGCCCAUUCUGCCUUUGCCAUCGAAGCACGAUUCACUGAGGACGUGCGCAGAGCUGAACGUUCUGUAAUCAAAGUCCUAGGUGCUCUGGAAUUAAGGCCUCCAGAAAUUAUGAUCCAUCUUCGGAAGCAUCCUGCGACUGUUUUGAAAGGGAAAAAGGUUCCAGGGAGGAUGCUGCUCAAGGUGAAGCUGUGCAAGGUCUAACGGAAGGAGGACUAGCCUUGGAUCCUUUCGGCGAAUUGCAAGUAGUGGGCUGUGCAGAUCCAUGUGAGGGAGCCCGUUUCGCCCAACAAGUCCUGAUACGCGCACGUGAGAGCUUGUUGGCAGUGCGAAGAGGAUUUGUCUACCCCAUUAUGCUUUGGAACAAAAAAUAGUGGUUCGAGAUAUUUAUAAGUAUGUUCGUUGCUCCUGUCUUCAUUCAUAGCCCGGCUGAGUUUGAUAUUUCAAACACUUGGGAUGCGAGCAGUGCAGCGAAGGCAAGAACGAUAUCUGCGGUGUCUGCAUCGGGCCGAAAUGAAGGAUCCGUUGUUUGCGACAAAAGAAGGGACAAGUUCUCAGCUACAGCUAUCCAGCAUAUACGAAUAUGAGCGCGCCCUGUGGCCAAUCGUAGCUGAAUUCCUAGCACCAGACUCGCUUUUAGCGUUCCUGCCAUCAGAGAAGAUAGCGAGGCGAUUUCUGCAGACGGACAGCAAGUUUGGAGAAAAAUGGUUCACUAAAGCAGCACAGAAAAUGCUACAGCGCAGUCUAGAUAGUGGAGUUAGCAGGUCGAGUACAGCGCAAACGUCGAAGCUGCAAAAGCAACUAGUGAACUUCGCGCUUGGAGAAUUACGUCGUAUUCGCAACCACUUGAUUCACAGUUCGGAGGUAAGUCUAAAGUCCACUCUUACGGAGAUGGGUGAGAAAAAUAGCAAAGCCAAAGAAGAAAGUAGAAGUACAGAAACUUCUACAACUUCUAGGCCCAUUCUUGGUCAUCAAGGUCAAGAACAAGACAAGAGUGUGAAGAUAGAGGUUUUGGGCAUCCUUCGCGAAGUUCUUUUACGUCGUAUACUAGUGCCAGCGGCACAAAAUUUUGGAUUAGUGACUGGCAUCUUUGAUCCUCAAUCUGGGGACUAUGCGCUGAGACACAAGUUCACAGAUUGUCCCAGACUGCUGCUGCAGGAGGCAUUGGGAAAAAGCGGCUAUGCUGUGGUGAAAAGACGAGAUGGAACCUCAACUACUAGUACUGAUCAUGGGGCGUCGUUGCUUGGGGAGGACGGCACCGAGACAGACGAAGUGGAAAAUGAGUAUGGCGAUGUACUGUGUUGGAAGAAAUGAUCUACUUAGCUCUGACGAUAUAAUUCAUGAACAAGUUGUUCACAAAUUCAAUCAAACAGUGGGUUUUUGGAAACAAUUCAAGCUAUAGCUGAACAUCACCACUUUUUUUCAGUCAGCAAAGGUCCGCGUAUUAAUUAUAAGUACUCCCAAACCUUAUUUGCCUCUCCACCCUUCAUACACCCCCAACCCUACGGGCUCAACUGGAGUGCUGCAGAGAACUGAGUGGAUCCUUACGCCGCCAUAUGAUGUGGAACCUGGCCUUGCGAGGCGACGCCCAUUUCGAAACCACUGUCCUAGGGGCUUACUCCCCAUUGCCGAUGGAGGUGGUGCGGAAGGGGAAAGAUGCUGGAGCUGGUUAUCAAGAAGCAGGGCUGAAGCGUCGGAAUAAUUAUAACAAACGAGAACAAGAGUUGAAGAUGUUGGAGGUUUUCGAAGAUGGCAUUUUAGACUCGCGUGUGGACACUACAUGGUCUGAGCUUCGCAGUGACUGGGAGACUCGGAGACGCAGUCUCCGCAGACGACGCGUCGCGAAUGAUCUCAUGAUCAACAGUCAUUAUAGUGAAGAUACGAGAAGAUCUUCAUCUGGUAGUUCAAUAUUCAAUUCAGAGGACGAUGGUACUGGUGAUCGCCGCGUACAAGCUCCAGUGGUGGAGUCGCUGUUUACCACGCUUCUAGCGCGUCACAAUGAUACAGUUCGAUUCGCAGCAUCGUCUUGGAACCCACUGUUUGACGGUGGAGUUUUGCCCAAGGAAGCCAACGAGGAUCACGAUUUGCUGUAUCCACUUUUGUUAUGAUCCGCUUUAUACUCACUGUCGUCGAGGUGGGAUUUUCAUCGUCUUGGGUGACUAGAUUGAACCCUCGAUUUGUCCCUGAGGAAGUGAAAGGAUUCAUUGUCUCACAAAAGCACAACUCUCCUGUACAACUAACCUCUAACGCCAUCCGCGAUUAUUUUUCCAUCAAGCCUUGAAUGACAGUGUUCAACUUGGCAAGUACUUCUAAAUACAUCCGCGAUGGUUCUCGCACUACGUGUUAGUUUGGCAAAAGGGCAAAGAAGCUACGCUAUGGACGAGGCUGACACUGACGAAACCCUUGCACGGAAAGUCGAACUCAUAGCAAAUACACUUUCUGCGAAGAAGAGAGCAGUAGGCCAGACAACUGGAGGAAAAGGCAGUGGCGGCAAAGGAGGACCGGGGAAAGGGCAUGUGAUAUCAAGGGGUCAUAGAGAACGGAGCAUGGAAAUGUUUGCAGUUACGGACUAGAAGAAGAACAAAGAAGGUGAAGAAGUAGGUCUAGUAGAAGAUGCUUGAGAUGACAUACUUGCUGGAUAAGUCUACAACAUACAACUUGAGACUGAGAGUAGAAGACAUAUUUUUAUCUUUCUACUUUGUCCUUGUACUCGACCUAUGGUCGUGCCUAUGUAUCUCUAACAAUUGCAAGGGCUCUGAAUUCUCCGACCACGAGCAAGAGACCACAUCAAGCAAUAAAACUUUGUCCAUUGCGCUACUAGAAGCAAGCAAGGUGGAUCAGGGUAAGGACCAACAUGGGAAGAAGAAGAACGAAGGGGACUUGCUGAAGCGUUUAGAUGGUGUUUUUUCGUAUGCCGGUUCCUCAGAGCGCAAUGAGGUAGCUUUAAAAGCCGCUGGCCAGAACAGUCACUUGCGAUACCUGCUUAUGGUCAGUCUUUAUCCGUCCUUGGCUCAGCAGAUUCUUGAAGAUUCUUUUUAUCACGACAGACAAGGGUAACAAAGGGCAAGAGGUCCUCGAGAUGAGACGACCAAGAUGGAUGAAUAAAUGCGGACUCUAACUUGCAUCAUUCUCUACCCAGAUGGAUCACGAUACUAGGCUACGACGUGCGUCCGACUCCGUAUGUGCAUGUGACCCAUCUGCAUCACGUGGAUGGACGCGUUGUAGAGUGGAAGAAUUCGACGCAUCUAGUGGAACAAAGUGGAGGAAAUAGAGGACGCAGACGCUUUGGCGCGAACGUGAUGAAGCACUUUAUCGGGAAGAGCGUGAAAACAGCUUCCGAUCUGGAAGUUCGAUUGGCCACUGCGCGACUAUAUGAUCUACAAAGCAGUGCCAGCGGACGGAAAAAGACACCAAAUGAUCAACCUCCUUCCAUAGCUCCAACAUCUUCUUCAUCUCUAGGAACCCUACGAACUGGUACUGUCGGAGAUCAUGGCACGUAUGGAAUUCCUCCGUUUAUCUUUAGUGUAAACCGACUCGCAGAAUCUAUGCGGACUGCGAGAGCCAUCCAAGGCAACACUGGCAUUCCUUUUGUCCAGUUUAACGACCGGCAUUGCCUUGACUGGAUACGGAAUCACCCUAUUGCCGAAUUCCCACAAGCUGAAAGCGUUUUCACAACGAGCCUAAGGUAUGGCAGGUUCGUAUAUAUUUAUAUUAAAGUGAUAGAUGAGCUUGGAAAUUCUGCACUAAUUUGACGCGAGGAACAGUUCUGGAGCACGUCAAGCUUCUUCGACAUAGAUGUAAUAUAAGACUUGCAUAAGAGUAGAACCGCCCACUAAAAAGGCGAACCACCAACAAAGCCGACUUUUGCCUCUCUUUCAUACCCCAGUAGGCGCUCACAAAGCCGACUUUUGCCUUCUCUGGGUCCUCUAUACUCGUGGCGGCUUGCAUUUGGACAGUGACGUCUUGCUGUAUCCGAAGUUUCAGGAGUUGGCUCCUUUCGUCUUCGGUGCUCACUACGACUUUGUAGCACUCACUGGUGCGUCACUAGAAGCAUCUGGCUACGACUUCAUCGACACGGGGUUCAUGGCGAGUCGGCCGGGGACGCAACUUCUCUAUUAUGGUUUCAACUCCUCCAUGUUAGUGUAGUUGUAACUUCUACUUCGUUUUCAGGGGUGUUUUGUGUAGUUUUCAUCUCACCUUUUGUUCAGUGAUAAUUUCGUUUUCAGGGGUGUUUUGUGUAGGUUUCAUCUCACCUCUUGAACAGUGAUUAUAUAUUGGUAGAUCUUCUUUGAUGUGACUUCUGAAUGCUGAGAGAGAUGAGAACCCCUCACUCUUUCUGACUAUACUAGCGAAUUAUCUUAGAAGCACCCUUCAUCGCUACGAUGGCAUCGCACAUAUCUACCGCCUGCGCGACCGAGACGAGCUCUGGUCGCCAGUAUCUUCUACCACCUACUGGUCAACCUGCUGGCUGCUAGGGUCCUUGAUGCGAAAGUACUAUGCGACGACUAGCGCUAGCGCAAGUCCCGGUGGUCUACUAGAUGAUACUUCAUUGGCAGCUAAUUAUAGUAGUAGUACACCAGUAGACCAAGUUCAAACGAACGGUGGCCGUGCACUGCGCAUUAUGCCAGCACAUAUGGAAUUUUUUAGCUUCUAAAAUGGAGCACUGGAGCUCUGAAGAUUUCGGGUAGUACUCGAAUUUGUGAUUGUCGAUACUCCAUCCACUCGAAGACUGCUACUAUUUCAUCUCACUAUAACGCAUCAUGGACGCACCUUCACAAGAAGGCUCUGGUUGAUUUCAAUAAUUGCUCUGAUCAAAAAUUGCUCCUACAGUUACACUUUGUCAUAAUCACUUACAUCGGCGCCUACAACGGCUCCAGUGAUUAUCAUGUAACAUUGUUCUUAUGAUAGAUUCAUGUUUGCAGCACAGCUAUUGAGACUGAAUGCAUGGCGCUUCUCGCUUCCCCGCCAGUGCUUGGGGGAAAAAUUU